AGUUGCCAAGCCUACGUUUUAUGCUUUUUUUAUACUUCACACUUUGAACCACAAUCAAAAUUCAAAAUUUCACCCAGGACUACACUAUGGUAGAUUGAAAGCCGGAGAUUCUGAGAACGAGUGCGAGGGAUUGAGAGCAAGAUGGCCCCCAAGGAUUACUCUACUUACCUGAAACUCGAGCGCUUGAAGGAAGAGAACAAUACCCAGAAACUUAUACGGCUAUACCGAGACAACGACUGCCUUUGGAAUCCCCAGUCGUCGGGUUAUCACAGUGCGUCCGUCAAGGAUGACGCUUGGCGGAGGGUAACUCGGCUGAUGAACAGCGGACUAACUCCUGACCAGGUGAAGCUUCAGGUACUGGCUCUUCGCAAUUACUACGAUAAGGAGUGCACCGCCAUACGGAAGAGCCAGUUGGAGGGCUAUAGCUAUCUCCCUCGUCGUGCGUACUUCGAGGAUCUACAUUUUUUGAAAGGCCCGGAUGGACUUACUGAUCCUAAAGGGGUAUGUCUAUUUUUUCGUCAGCCCAGAAGAGUAAUUGAACUUCCUGUAUGCACCCAGGAUGAAGGGUCUCUGGUGAACGCUUUAGUGCUAAAGGACGAACGGAACGAUUCGGAGGAAACUAUUUGCGAAGGAGCAGUGUCUUUAUGCCCCGGUUCGAGCGAAACCAAGGACAAUUAUACCUACUACAAGUUGAUCCUGGAACCCGAGCAGGCAUCAUUAUCAAUAAAAAGCCGGGAUGGUGUCGAGGGCAUUAUAGGCCGAUCGGCUUCCGGGAAUGAUCGAUGGUAUCCCACCUCCUAUUGCGUGAAAUGUGGUCAGGAGACGGGUGAGAAUCCCUGUAUAGGGUGCUGUGGACGAGGAAAAAGAUUUUGUGCGCCGAGAGAACCAUCUUUAACUUCUCUAAGCCAGGAUGAUAGUUAUUACUCGAUGAGGAAGCCCCAAAGAAGGAAUCAAUUCGAUGACGACCAGUGUUCAUAUUCUCGCUGUAGUCAGCCCCGCCAGAAUUUUCGAUCAAAUUACCAACAACCUCAAUCACAAGGUCCUAGAUAUCAAGAAAGUUCCUGUGAUUCUGUAUGCAGUGAAAGUACCUAUGUAGACAUGGAUAACGGCUCGGACGACUGGCCAAGUCCACAUCUUUGUGGUCAAAGGCGUCCAAAAGUUACGCCUCGAUAUCGUUAUGUGGUAUCGGAUCACGGCCUAAAGGAAUGUUGCAGUAGCAGUUGGGAACGCAAUAAUGAGGCAAUAUGCCGGCGUCUGCAAGCUCAACUGGCCAAGCAAUCCAAUCAAAAUAAAUGCUCCUCUCCGAGUCAGAAUUCCGGCAGAGGAUCCUGUAAUCGGAAUUUCCGUUACCAGUCUGGCGAAGAUGAGUUGAAUGUAAUGUUGCUAAAGGAUUGCCGAUGCCGGCAGUCCCAGGCCAUUAAUUGCCAAUGUGCAGUUCAUUCAGAGCUCUAUAACAAUAAUUCGCCCCAACAGGAUCCCGGACGUUUCCAAGAAAAUCAGCCAAACCCACAGCCCCAGACUCCACCCAGUGAGAAUCCACCAAUGCAAGUUACGGAGCGCUAUAACGAUGAUCAAAUGGAAGUUCCGGAUCGCUAUAACAUCGAGCAAAAGAAUUAUUCAAGCUUUCCCUGCGAUUGCCAGUGUAACAGCUUCCGCCAACAACCCCAUCAACCGCCCAGUUACUACCAACAGAACCAGUACGAAGAGGGGCCCACGAGCUAUCCCCUCCCAGCAAUGCCGGAUACCACCGCACAAAUAGAUCAGUACGGAGAAAUGGGUGUGCCCUGUCCGUUUCUAACCAAUUUUGAUCCAUCCACUGCCGAGCCACAAGCUCAUGUGUACUGCUACUCCACGGAGAUGUGGCCACAGGAUACAGGUAUGUGUGAAUCGUGCAAAAGGCAAAAUAAAUCCUGCUGGUCAACGUGUCCUGUGUAUCGGCGGAGUAAUGAUGAUCGGUCAGAGCUAGCAUGUGAUACCGUUUGUAAUGGCCCUUUUUCCUCCAACAGAGGAGCGCCGGAUAAUCGAAAUGUGUAUUCGGAAGAAUCCGGUGGCGUCGUCAAUCAAAAAAUACCAUCAAAUAAUCUAGAGGAGCUACCCCGGGAAAAUAAUAUGCCGGAACAAGAGGACAAGUCCCUAGAUGGUCGGCAGCGAGCAGACGUUGGAGAAUCCUCUGAUGAAAGAAGUAGAGGUCGUCCAUAUUCCAGAGGGAAUAAUGAAGAACCUUCAGUAAGAAGCCAGCGCGAUGUCGCACUGGAUCCAUUUCUCGAAGAAAACUUCUGUAAUGAAGCUGCUUGUCGAGAAGGUAGAGAUUGCCGUAUUGGAUAUGAAGAUCGUCCUCGCCAGAAAAUAGAUCGCAAUGAUGAAAGUUCAAUGAAUUCAAAUUAUUCGAAUCAAAGGCGGAGAAUAAGAGGGGAUGUACCAAGCCAUGAGAAUCCAGAAAAUCAACAAAUUCAACAGCAGCCCUUAAAUGAAAAUUACGUCCAGGAUCAAAAGUUUAAAGCUUAUCCAUUGUCCACAGACGUUUCGCAAUUUGGGAAGUGUCCUGAAUCCUGUCCCAAAUACAGACGCAAUGGCGACUACCGAGAAGACAGAAAGCCUAUGCCAUCAGCCGACCGUAAAAACCAGGAAUGGAACGGAGAAAACAUUAGUUCCAGAUCCAAAGGUCUGGACGAUCGUGAUUAUCAGGACGAGCAACGAGGAAUCGUAAGUUCCAGAUCAAAAGGUCCCGAAGUACCUCUGCCGCCUGGCUAUGAAGCUGAGAAUGAAAAACCACGAGCCAAGACCAGGCCUCAAGACGAUCGAAGCUACCAGGAACAGAACAGAGAAAACAUGAGUUCCAGAUCAAGAGGUCCAGAAGAUAGUAUUUACCAGGACAGGCAUCGAGGAAGCAUAAGUUCCACAUCGAAAGGGCCCGAAGUUCCUGCGCCGCCUGAAUAUGGGUCUGAGAAUGAAAAACCUGAACCAAAAAUAAGGUCAAAAGGUCCAGAAGUUCCUCUGCCUAAUAAUGAUGAAUCUGAUAAUGACCAACCUCAACCCAAGACAAGAGCUCUAGAUGAUCGGAGCUACCAAGAAGCGAACAGAAGCGUAAGUUCCAAAUCAAAAGGUCCAGAGCAACCUGACUAUGAAUCUGACAAUGAACAACCAGUGAAGAAAUCAAAUAAAAUGCCAAGAUCUAAGGAUGAUUCUGAUACAAUGGAGGAGAAACAAAUUGGGAGAUCUAAAAGCAAUUAUGAAGAUCAAGAGGAGAAUCUUAAUUCCAGGAGGAGAUCCUUUGAUGAAAAAACAAAUGGAUCGUCCAAUCGUUACGAAGACAACUGCGUCGAUGAAACCUGUCCAAAUAUGGGAGCUAGAAACCGACAAAGAAAUUAUCGAAAUAAUAACACAGAGGUCCCUGGAUGCAAUAAUAAAACGUGUCCAAGACUGAAAAGUAUUUCUUACUUAAGAGGAGGUGAUGGACGGAGACAUUACCGAGAAUCGUUUAAUGUUGAAGAUCAAAAUAGGAAUUAUAGAAAUGAACGCCGACAUUAUAGACCCCAAGAGGAUCGCAGAACUAGACGGCAGUUUGAAUGCAACGAUUGCACCAACGAUAAAUGUCCUUACAGAGAAGAAGAAAAUGUGGAUUAUUCUGAUGAACCCCUCCCUUCAAGACAAAAUAAGGAUCGUAGAACUAAUAGACGGACGAAUGAUGAAAACUGCACUAGAGACACAUGCCUUUAUAGAGAUGACGAAGAGAAGAGUUAUUCAAAUGGUCGUCGUCCUUCAAGAUCACGAAAAAAUCCUACUAACCGGAAUGCUGAUACUGAAGCUAUACUUCCUGAAGAAGACGAUCGAAAUAAGAAUUAUUCUAAGAAAAGACCUCAAAAAGGUCGUAUUACUAAUCGGGACGCGGAUGAAAACUUUUGCACUGACAAAACAUGCAGAUACAAAAAAAAGGAUUCAUCAAAACAGAAUGAAACUGAAGAACGGAAAAAGAGGAGAAAGUAUACCGAAUCCGAGAAGAUUCUAAGUGACAACGAGAAGAAUUAUACCAGAAGAUACAAAAAUAAUGGGGAUGCGGAUGAAGACUUUUGCUCUGAUGAAACAUGUAAGUACAACCAAAAGGAUUCAUCAAAAAAGAACGAAACAGAAGAAACGAGAAGAAAUUCUACCGAAUCCGAGAAGAUUCUUAGUGACACCGAGAAGAAUUAUACCAGAGGAUACAAAAAUAAUCGGAAUGCGGAUGAAGACUUUUGCUCUGAUGAAACUUGUGAGUACAAAAGAAAGGAUUCAUCAAAACUGAACGAAACAGAAGAAAGAAACACGAGAAGAAGGUCUACCGAAUCCGAGAAGAUACUAAGUGACAACGAGAAGAAUUAUAAGGCAAGGUCCAAGAAUGAUCGGGAUGCGGAUGAAGACUUUUGCUCUGAUGGAACAUGUAAGUACAACCAAAAGGAUUCAUCAAAAAAGAACGAAACAGAAGAAACGAGAAGAAAGUCUACCGAAUCCGAGAAGAUUCUAAGUGACAACGAGAAGAAUUAUAAGACAAGAUCCAAGAACGAUCGGGAUGCGGAUGAAGACUUUUGCUCUGAUGAUACUUGUAAUGAUGAAGAACUUUAUCAGAGAAAUGCUAGGGAUCAAAAAGGUAAAGACGAUCAAAAUCAAAAAACCACCAAAAAUCCACCAACAGAUGAAACAAAAGACCAGCAGUCGACUGAUGACGAUAAAAAGCCCCAGGAAACUGAAGAAAAUGUAUGCGAAUGCCAUUCUGACUCCGAUGAGAAAAUGAAAGCGGAUGAUCCAGAAGCAGAUGGGGUCAGGGUUACGCGAUCUUCGGCUGGAAAUGGUUUGGUUUCAUCGAAGAGUCCUUUUCUUUCAAAAGUCAAACGAAAUGUUCCCCUUGGUAUCACCAUACUUGCCCCAAUCAGCAUCAACAAUAAGCAGUUUGAAGUUGUCCAGAAAUUCCCCGUUCACGACAUGACCACGUUUAGUCUCAAGGAACAGGUACAGGGACUAAAAACAUCCUCACAGGACUCCGCCAGAAAUCCCAUACCUGUAAAGAAAAAGCCCACACAUAACAAUAAUGGAGCAUCAACGUCUUUUGCUAAACCUUCUAAGCCAAGUCCCAAUCGUCGUGGAUCGGUUACUCCAAAAUCCCAAAUGGUGGAGCCGAUCAAGCGACGAACUCAAGUUUCCAGCCACUCCAAUCCUCAGAGCAAGCACAUGACCCCGCUAGGCAACCGGCGGCCAACCACAAGGAAGCAGGAAUAUACCAAGGACUCUGACAAUUGCAAGUUUCUCUUUGACAUAAAUUCGGCACAAUAUUACAUUUGCAAAUUACAGGACGACGGUAGUGCCAAUCAGUACCUCAUCCUCAUGCCGAUGGAGGCGAUUGGGGGUCUCGAAGGCCUCGGGGAGGUCCCAGGACACAGUUCUGCCAAAGACCGGCGCUACUGCCCUCGGCAGAGUUCCGGCUUCCAGAGCGUGUCCUGGGCCCAUCCGGAGUCCACGAACCAAUCCCAAGAAACACAACAGUCUGAGAGACGCAAACAGGCGGAGUGCAAUCCCAUAUUGGACGCAAUUGAAGUAAACAAAAGCCACAUUCCCUCGGAGGUGACGGAUCCCAAGAAAUCCAUUCCCAUUUCACGAAAGAUGCGCCGAAAAGUUGCAACGAAACCGAUGACAUCCAAGGCUAGAAAACCAUCACAAAAGGUCAAUACGAAGGGCAUUGAAGAGAACCGGACCCCCAAAGGUGAUAUGGAGAACCUUGACCAACCAAUAGUUUUCCUGCAUCCUCCUGUGGCAGACUUCCGACCCUCGAGAUACUCUUUUGAUAAGGAAGCGGUGGAACAACACAUUAAAGUACCCGACAUCGUAGUCCAUCCGGCCCCAAAACCCCUGGCCAAAAAGGCGCCUAAGCCGCCCGCCAAGCCCAAGCGAACAGUCCUUCGGUGAUAAAUCCAUAGCUGUUAUGUCUUAACACAUACUUCCCGGCCAUGGCCAACGAUUCAUAUAAAGUAACAGCAACCAA